AUGGAUCAAAUCAAGUUAAAAUUCCAUAAAUGGUAGUCAGAUUAAAAUUUGAAUGCUAGUCUUGUUUAAAAGUAGAAAUAGGUCUACUAAACAUUUAAAGAAUAUGACAGAAUAGAAUAAUUUAAUACAAAAAUAAGUAUUGGCAACAAUGAUAAAUUUAGUAGACUAUUAGAUGAUCUACAUUAAGUUAACGUAUAAAAGAUGUCACAAAUAUAAAAAUUAAGAGGAAAAAGCUUACUACCAAGUUAAGAUGUAUCGCAAUUUUCAACUAAUUUCAGUUCUUUUUAGAAAACAAACGACGAUACCAUUAUUUCUACAAAACAUCGCGAUUCAUUUUAAUUUCAUAGAACCCUAGGAAAGUUUUAAUCUACUCUAAAUUCUACAUUCUUAACAAUGUAGUAGAGUUAACGACCUGAUAUCUUAAAGCAGACAAUAGACUUAACUAUCUAGGAUGAAAAAACUGUUUUAGAAACAAUUUGUUUAAACGAAGAAAUUCAAGAAACUCUUGAACAAAAAAUAGAAUAACUCAAAUAUACUUCUGGCAAAAUAAAAAGAGAAAUGAAGGAUUUUGAAAAAGAAGAUUAACUUUUGAACAUCAAAUUAAAAUAAUUGUAAGACCAAGAACUAAUGGCUUUUAAAAAGAAAAAUAUUGUAAAAUGCAGUGUGAAAAAUUUUAAGUAGGAGCUAGAAUUAGAUAGGCAAAGAGCUACAUAGUGCAUUUAAGAUGUCAAGAAAUAGAGAGAUGAUAUAUUUAGUUAAAUAAAAAAGGAUUAACAAGUAUACUCUCUAGUGCUCGUUAAAAUAGAUGAAUGCAACUAAAUAAUUGAGAAAUAGAAGUAAGAAAUCAAAUAAUUAGAUGUUAAAAAUGAAGAAAUUUGUUAAAAGCUCCUUGAAUCAUAAAACACUGUUAGCUAUCUAGACACUUUAAAUGAGCUAGAAAGAAUGUUCAUCAAAGGAGAAAUAGAGAUGAGCAAUUCGAUAGUAUCUUAGGAUAUUACUCAAUCUAUUUUAUCUGAAAAAAAUCUACAUUCUAGUUAGUAAAUUAAGCAAAAGACUUUCUCAAAUGAGAUAGUAUUUGAUAAAGAUAAAAGCAAUCUUUCACCUUCUUCCACUCCAAGAAAGCCAUACAAUUAGAAAAAAAAAAUGAUUGUUUAACAACAUUCUAAAGAAUUUCUUAGUCAAGAUGGUGAUAGAUAAAAUUUAAUUAGUAAAUUAGAUUUUUACUAUAACGAGCAUGGCAAAGGUCCAAAUGAGAUAGCAGGUUAUUUAAUUAAGCAAUAUAGGGAGUUUAGCUUAAGCUCUUAAAGUUUAUUCACUAAAUUUGAAGAACUUACACAGAUGAAGAAAUUGAAAGUUUUAGAAUAUGAUAAGCUUUAAAAUCAAAUAAGCUAAAUUGAAUAAUAACAGAUGGAGAGCUCUUUAGUGCUAGAAGAAAUAAAUCAUGAAUAAGAAAAUUAUUUAGCUUAUGAUACAGAAUAGAAGUAUUAAAAGCUUUUGAAUUCAGGUGAUUAUGGAGAAAUUUCAUUAAACUAUGUAAAAGAAGUAGUAGAAAAUAGUAAUUUAGAAACGUUCAAGCUUAUUGAGUACAAAAAUCAAAAAGACAAACUCUCGUUUGGCUUUUUUCACAAUAUGGUAGAAAUUCUUUACAGGUACACCUGCUUACUCAAAUUGUCAAUUAUGAGCAAUAAGAAUUCUGAUCAGGAGCUUAAAGAUUUCUAUUAAGAUUUUUCGAGUUUUAUUUGCUCAUUUAGAUUAGGAUUCAAUGCUAAAAGAAACAUUAAAAUUGACGCUACUAAAUAUGUUGAUGAAAUCUUUGAAAAUUUGAAUUUAAAUCAAAAUAAAGUGAAUACUCCAAGUUCAGUUAGCAGUUCUUCAAAUUAAAUAUACACUCCAAAAGUGAAGUUCUCUAUCUCUUAACAAUUUAGUGAUGUUAUUAAAGAGAUGAAAAUAGACAGCCUCAAACAAAAUAAAGAGGAUGAAGCAAACAAAAGAGAAGUAGAAAAAUUUACUGAAAAACUUAACUUUAUACCAUUUAACAAAGCUGAGCUUGAUCAAAUUUUAAAAAAUACAUUUCCAAAUGCUUCGCAAGAUAUGUUGGAAAAAUGGUAAAAAUAAAUAAAGGAAAGCAUUACAUACUACUAUGCUACAGAGGAAGAUCUCCAAGAAUUUUUGGAUCAAAUUCGUAAUGAAAAUAGAAAUUUAUCUGACGAAUGCUAGCUUAACAAAGUAUUUGAAAACUUUUACAGACUAUAAUCAAAAGCUUAUGAGCUUCACCAUUAAAAUAUAAUAAAAAUAUUUGAAUUCUUUUAGAAGUUUAAAUAAAUUUUACAUAAAAAGAAAAUCUUGCUUUUACAAAUAUCAGAUGAAGCAGUAAGAGAAAGUUUCAAACUUCCUGUUAUGCCUAAAUUAAACUAAAGCUAGUCCAUGAUGGGUUAUGUUAGUUUCAUUACUGAAAAAUAAAAAAACUAUUUGAAUUAUUAAGGAGAAAUGCUAGAUCCUAUCACAACUAGCAAAAUUAGAGAAGAAAAAGAAGAAAAAGAAAAAAAUAUCGAAGUUAUUUAAAACGAUGAUACUAAAAAGCUUAUUUAAAAACUGACCAAAAAUGACAAAAAAAUAAAACUAGAUUCUCUAAAUGCUAGUAUCUAGUAAUAAAAUUUAAAGCCUACUAUUUCCAGAUAAGAAUCGAUGACCAAAAGCAAAAUUCCAACAUUUUUAGCUAUUGAAGAAGAUGAUUACCUUGAUAGUAAGCUCUAUAACCAAAAACAAAACUUAAUGAAUGAAUUUGAUUAUUUAGAAUUAGAGAGGAAAAAGGAAAAAUAUUCAAUAUAAGUCAAGCUAAAAAACUAUAUAUAGUAAAAUUUAAAAACAGAAUUAGAGUAAUAGAAAAAGCUCAAAUAAUCAUAAAUGUUAUUAACUGAAAUAAAUUUCAAACACUCUCGUUAUAACAAGCCUUAAAGCAGAUCCAAUUAGAUAUUCAAAGACAUCAUUCAGCAUAACAAAGUUAUUCAAAAGCUCAAUUAUUUAUCUAUUAAAAAGGAUUCUUUCACAAACCAGAGCAUAUUUACAAAAAUCAGAGACUAUUGUCCUAAAUCUUUAGAUUAAAAUAGUUAAUUUUACAUAAGAAAAAGACCUCUCCAUUAAAGUUUCAUGAAUGCAUGA